GGGACCGGGGGGGACCGACGUAGACCGGUGGGGACCGGCGGGAACUGCGGCACGGAGGCGACCUCAUGUGUGUCCUGGUGUCCUCAUGUGUGUCCUGGUGUCCUCAUGUGUGUCCUGGUGUCCUCAUGUUAUCAUGUGUGUCCUUGUCACGGGAGUAGCCGCAAGAACAGGACCCAAACGCCGAUAACUUGGAGAAAAAGGCAACUUAAUUGCUCACCGGACUGCGGCACGGAGGCAACAGUGGGGACCGGCGGAAACUGCGGCAGGGAGGCAACAUCAUGUGUGUCCUGGUGUCCUCAUGUGUGUCCUGGUGUCCUCAUGUGUGUCCUGGUGUCCUCAUGUUAUCAUGUGUGUCCUUGUCACGGGAGUAGCCGCAAGAACAGGACCCAAACGCCGACAACUUGGGGAAAAAGGCAACUCAAUUGCUCACCGGACUGCGUCACGGAGGCAACGGCGGGGACCGGCGGGAACUGCGGCCCAGAGGCGACAGUGAGGACCGGCGUGGACCGGGUGGGGACCGGUGGGGAACCGGGGGGGACCGGCGGGGACCGACGUAGACCGGUGGGGACCGGCGGGAACUGCGGCACGGAGGCGACCUCAUGUGUGUCCUGGUGUCCUCAUGUGUGUCCUGGUGUCCUCAUGUGUGUCCUGGUGUCCUCAUGUUAUCAUGUGUGUCCUUGUCACGGGAGUAGCCGCAAGAACAGGACCCAAACGCCGACAACUUGGGGAAAAAGGCAACUCAAUUGCUCACCGGACUGCGUCACGGAGGGAACGGCGGGGACCGGUGUGGACCGGCGGGAACUGCGGCACGGAGGCGACAUCAUGUGUGUCCUGGUGUCCUCAUGUUAUCAUGUGUGUCCUGGUGUCCUCAUGUGUGUCCUGGUGUCUUCAUGUUCUCAUGUUAUCAUGUGUGUUCUUGUCACGGGAGUAGCCGCAAGAACAGGACCCAAACGCCGACAACUUGGGGAAAAAGGCAACUCAAUUGCUCACCGGACUGCGUCACGGAGGGAACGGCGGCACGGAGGCGACAUCAUGUGUGUACUGGUGUCCUCAUGUUAUCAUGUGUGUCCUGGUGUCCUCAUGUGUGUCCUGGUGUCUUCAUGUUCUCAUGUUAUCAUGUGUGUUCUUGUCACGGGAGUAGCCGCAAGAACAGGACCCAAACGCCGACAACUUGGGGAAAAAGGCAACUUAAUUGCUCACCGGACUGCCACACGGAGGCGACAUCAUGUGUGUCCUGGUGUCCUCAUGUGUGUCCUGGUGUCCUCAUGUUAUCAUGUGUGUUCUUGUCACGGGAGUAGCCGCAAGAACAGGACCCAAACGCCGACAACUUGGGGAAAAAGGCAACUUAAUUGCUCACCGGACUGCCACACGGAGGCGACAUCAUGUGUGUCCUGGUGUCCUCAUGUGUGUCCUGGUGUCCUCAUGUUCUCAUGUUAUCAUGUGUGUCCUUGUCACGGGAGUAGCCGCAAGAACAGGACCCAAACGGCGACAACUUGGGGAAAAAGGCAACUUAAUUGCUCACCGGAUCGCUGCACGGAGGCGACAGCGGGGACCGGCGUGGACUGCGGCGAGGCGUUAUCCACGGGAAGCGACGUGAAAGUUAUUGAGCUGUUGUUAUUUAUCUGGACUUUUUAACUUUUAAAAUGUUUCUCUUUUGUGCGCAGCGUGGCUCCAUGAAUGCCAAAUAUCUCAACAGUUACUGGAUGUAUUGACAAGAACUUUUGGUUCCCAGGGGAUGAACACUUGUGAAUUUGGAGAUAGCCUUGACUUUUCUUCUUGUGCCGCCAUGAGGUUCAAAUCUGUGAUUCCCGACUGGGACAGAACUGCACUGAUAUUUUUGUUGUUUGUAUUGAUUUUUUGAUUAAUUGGUGUAUUGAAGUUAUAACAGUUAAAUAACUAACGUUUUAGUGUCUGUUUAAUUACGUCGGUAACCUUUUUUUCCCAUAAUUAUAGUUUUGUUGGAGAUAGAUUGACUUUUGGAUAAUUACUGUAUUAUUGAUAAUAAUAAUAAUAUUGUUAGAACCGGAGUGGCGGAGACUUGUCUGUGAAGGACUCACCUCGUUGCUCUCCUGAAGGUUUCUUCCCUUUUUUUCCCUGUGAGAGGUUAUUUUUGGGGAGUUUUUCCUGAUCCGAUGUGAGGUCCUGGGACAGGGAUGUCGUAUGUGUACAGAUUGUAAAGCCCUCUGAGGCAAAUUUGUAAUUUAUGAUAUUGGACUGUACAAAAUAAACUGAAUUGAAUUGAACCUCACUAAGUGAAGUGAGUCCUUCAAAGACAUGUUGGACCCCUUCACAGACAUGUGGCUACAUUGGCCAUGAUGAUCGUGGGUUUGGUGCUCUGUGGUUGUUGUUGUGUUCCUUGCCUCAGGACUUUGGUUGCCAGACUCAUAAACCACUGCACUGACGAAAGAGGAGCAGCCAUUGAUGAUAGAGAAGUAGGGUGUCCAGACAGGGCGUUGCUCUAUUCAACCCCACCUCCAGGUUACUAUGAGCUAAUGAGGUAGAAUGUGAAAACUGUGAAAGCAAAAAUAACAAAUAACUGGUAUUAACGUGUACAUUUUCCCAAGACAAUAGCCUACAUUUCAGCCAGAAGCCCGGACUGGAGAGUUUCUGUGUGUCUUAACUUUCCUUCUCUCCAUCACCGACCUUCAUCAUGCACCUGCCUGCCUUGUUGACCUCAGCAUCAGCACAUAGACACAUACAUAGAUAUAGACACUUAGACAGACACGCGAACAAUAGAUCAGAUUAGAAUACUCUGAGAUCUUAAGAUGUUUUACCUGUGUGAUGAUUAGAACCAGACUGACAAUUAUUAUAAGGAUGUUUUUCUUCCACAUGAA